AUGCAAUCCAGUCCCAUCGCAGAGGACGACAAGAAGCUGUUCGACAUCGCUCCGGCUGAGGAUGGUCUCGACAAUGCUAAUGUCCAUGAAUUGGGGAUGCUGGAGGAUGACCUCGCGGCAGUGCAUGCGAGGUUGGGGGAGGCGAGCUUGGAGUGGACCUAUGCAGUCAUCAAAGAGGCUCGAGUCGUCCACAAGAACGAUCCAAACUUUCCCGGAGCAGUGCUAGAUCAGAUGGACCGAUUUCUCGACGAUCCAAACGUCUUGGCGAAUCCCGACAAACAUGCUGAUCUCAUCAGGGAGAUGAAGAUGGAGGCCAUCUUGUCGACAGAGAAUUCGCCGUAUCAAGAGGUUCGAGCGAAUGUGGACAACACAGACGACCCGACCAUGCCUUCGCUCACGUUCAGGGUUUGGGUCAUUGGCACGAUAUUCUCAGGCAUUGGAAGCUUUAUCGACACCCUGUUUCUUGUGCGCCAACCUGCCAUCUCGGUCGGACCAAACGUCGCGCAGAUGCUUGCAUAUCCCGUGGGCAAGUUGAUGGAGCGAUUGCCCGAGGCCAGUUUCUCGCUUCUCGGCCAGACAAUGUCGUUCAAUCCUGGCCCGUUUAACAAGAAGGAGCACAUGCUGAUCACGAUCAUGGCCUCCGUGUCCUUCUCCUACCCCUACACGGCCUUCUUGAUCCCUACUCAGGCGCUCCCCCAGUUCUUUGGCCAGGAAUUCGCGCGAGAAUUUGGGUACCAGCUGUUGUCCACCAUGGGCAUCAAUUUCGUCGGGUAUGGGCUAGCUGGACUGUUUCGCCGAUUCCUCGUCUUCCCCAGCUGGGCCCUAUGGCCAUCCUCUCUCGCGACCAUUGCGUUGAACAAGGCAUUCCACACGGAUCAAAAUGAGCCAGUCCAAGGGCCAUUUGGCUGGGUCUUUCGUCGUUCACGAGGUCAGGUGUUCUUCAUCACCUUUGGGGCAAUGUUCAUAUGGUUCUUCUUCCCCGGUUUCAUCUUCCAAGCCUUGUCCGUGUUCAACUGGUUGUCGUGGAUCGCUCCGGACAACAUGGCAUUGAACAAUGUCAUGGGGUUCAAUAAUGGCGUGGGAUUGAACCCGUGGCCGACGUUUGAUUCUGACUUUAGGACCCCAUGGCUCACCCCGUUGACCAUCCCCACAUUCUCCAUCGUCAGUCAAUUCAUCGGCAUCUGCAUCGGCACCUUGAUGACCAUCGCUUUCUACUGGCAAAACGCAUGGAACUCGUCUUAUCUCCCGAUCAACGCCAACAACACCUUUGACAACACAGGGUCAGCCUUCAACGUGUCCAAGAUUCUCGGUCCCGAUGGGCUCUUUGACAACACGCGGUACCAAAAGUACUCCCAGCCCUGGAUGUCGGCGGGAUUCUGCACCUAUCUUAUAUGGUAUUUUGCGAUGUACGGAGCGACUCUCUCCUACAUCUGCGUCUACCACCGCCACGAGAUUGUCACCGCGGUGAGAACUACAGCCAAAGGGUUCAAAAAGGUCAUUCUGAGGCGUCGAGCCGACACCACGGAGGAUCCGCUCGCCGAAGACGUUCAUUACCGCCUCAUGAAGCAUUAUAAAGAGGUUCCCGAAUGGUGGUAUGCCAUCCUGCUCAUCAUCGCCGCCUGCGUCGGCAUGCUGGGCGUCGGUCUUUGGCCAACACACACUUCGCCCGUGGUCGUGAUCUACGGCAUCAUCAUGCCUCUUAUCGCCAUCCUACCCUGUGGAAUCGUCCAAGCGGUCACUGGCAUUGCCAUACCGCUUCAGGUGCUUGCGCAGUUCAUCGGAGGGAGCUUUUCUGGCGGGAGCGGCGUGGCCCUCAUGUUCUUCAAAUCUUACGGGUACAUCUCCAUGUACCAAGCCCUUGCUUUUUGCAACGAUCUCAAGCUCGCUCACUAUAUCAAGAUCCCCCCGAGGCACACAUUUGUCGGCCAAGUCUGGGCCACCCUCGUCAACACAUUUGUCGCCGCGUCCCUGUUCAACUUUCAAAUGUCAUUCAGGGGGGUCUGCACACCAGAUGCAGAUUUCAAGUUUACCUGUCCGGGGCAAAAAACGUUCUACACCGGCGCCGUGUUCUGGGGCGUGCUUGGUCCGAGUCACCUAUUUGGAGCGGGCAAGAGGUACAACCUGUUGCUCCUGGGCUUUCCCAUUGGGGUGAUGAUCCCGAUCAUCCACUACUUUGUUCGCCGGAGCAUGCCAAAGCGGGAAUGGAUCAGGCAGAUUCACCCGGUCAUGAUCUGUGCGGGUCCAGCCAAUUGGGGCUCACCCUACAACUUUUCCUACUUUUGGCCCAACGUCAUGGUCGCGCUCUUCUCCUUUCAAUAUGUCCGAAAACGAUACACUGCGCUCUGGGCAAAGUACAACUACGUGAUCGCAGCAUCCUUCCCCGCCGGCAUCGCAGUCGCCGCGUUGGUCAUCUUCUUUGCGCUCGAACUGCCCGCUGGGGGGUUGAGCAUCGAUUGGUGGGGAAAUACCGUCUCGUAUGAAGGGUGUGAAGGGAGUGCGUGUACAAGGUUUAAGAUUCCCGAGGUGGGGUAUUUUGGCCCGACGCCGGGCACAAAUGCGUUUACCUAG